AUGGCUUUGCUGUGUGGCCUUGGGCAAGUCACUCUCCGUCUCUGGGCCCCACUUCCUCCACAAUCCGAAAACAAAAUUGGGUUCCUAGCUGCCGGGGCAUUCUUGAGGAGCGGCGGCAUGGAGGCUCUCACCACUCAGCUGGGGCCGGGGCGCGAGGGCAACUCCUCACCCAAUUCGAAGCAGGAGCUGCAACCCUACUCGGGCUCCAGCGCUCUCAAACCCAACCAGGUGGGCGAGACGUCGCUGUACGGGGUGCCUAUCGUGUCUCUGGUCAUCGACGGCCAGGAGCGCCUUUGCCUGGCGCAGAUCUCCAACACUCUCCUCAAGAACUACAGCUACAAUGAGAUCCACAACCGCCGGGUGGCCCUGGGCAUCACGUGCGUGCAGUGCACGCCAGUGCAGCUGGAGAUUCUGCGUCGGGCCGGGGCCAUGCCGAUCUCCUCGCGCCGCUGCGGUAUGAUCACGAAGCGCGAGGCCGAACGCCUGUGCAAGUCGUUCCUGGGAGAGCAUAAGCCACCCAAGCUGCCCGAGAACUUCGCCUUCGAUGUGGUGCACGAGUGCGCGUGGGGCUCGCGUGGCAGCUUCAUCCCCGCGCGUUACAACAGCUCGCGUGCCAAGUGCAUCAAGUGCGGCUACUGCAGCAUGUACUUCUCGCCCAACAAGUUCAUCUUCCACUCGCACCGCACACCCGACGCCAAGUACACGCAGCCCGACGCCGCCAACUUCAACUCGUGGCGCCGUCAUCUCAAACUCAGUGACAAGUCGGCCACAGACGAACUGAGCCACGCUUGGGAGGACGUCAAGGCCAUGUUCAACGGAGGCACCCGCAAGCGGACUUUCUCGCUGCAAGGAGGCGGCGGCAGCGCUAAUGGCGGGUCGGGUGGGCAGGGGAAGGGUGGUGCUGGCGCCGGGGGCGGCCCGGGGUGCGCGGCAGAGAUGGCCCCAGGCCCGCCGCCCCACAAAACCCUGCGCUGUGGCGAAGACGAGGCCACCGGGCCUCCUGGGCCGCCUCCUCCCCAUCCGCAGCGGGGACUUGGUCUAGCGGCGGGAGCCGGCGGCCCGCCGGGCCCUGGAGGGCCUGGUGGCGGCGCCGGCGUGCGCAGCUACCCAGUGAUCCCUGUGCCCAGCAAGGGCUUUGGCCUCUUGCAGAAACUGCCCCCGCCGCUUUUCCCUCAUCCCUAUGGCUUCCCCACGGCCUUCGGCCUCUGCCCCAAAAAGGACGACCCGGUGCUAGGCGCGGGCGAGCCCAAGGGAGGCCCAGGCACCGGGAGCGGCGCGGGCGCGGCCGCUGGCGGAGGCGCGGGCGGGCCAGGAUCCGGCCACCUGCCCCCCGGGUCAGGCCCUGGCCCGGGUGGCGGCGCCAUGUUCUGGGGUCACCAGCCCUCUGGGGCAGCCAAGGACGCAGCGGCCGUGGCUGCAGCGGCCGCCGCCGCCACCGUGUACCCGACGUUUCCCAUGUUCUGGCCGGCGGCAGGCAGCCUCCCGGUGCCGCCCUAUCCAGCCGCGCAGAGCCAAGCCAAGGCCGUGGCGGCCGCCGUGGCGGCGCUGCGGCCCAACCGGGGGGAGCCCUUCACGAGCGCCAGGCCCCAGUGGCUCGAAGAGGAGGGGCGGAGGGCCUCGGAAAUCCGGGCAGGCCGAGCCCGAAAGGAUGUCUCCCCUGCCGCCACCCUGCGCGGGUCGCCGCCUGGGCCGCGUUCUCGGCGGGAGCGGCGCAGGCAGACCCGGCGGCCACAACCAGAUAAGGAAGACAAUCACUCGACCGCCGACGAUUUGGAAACGAGGAAAUCCUAUCCAGACCAAAGGAGUAUCUCCCAACCAAGUCCCGCAAAUACAGACCGAGGUGAAGAUGGGCUCACCCUGGAUAUCACAGGAACUCAGCUAGUGGAGAAAGAUAUCGAGAACCUGGCCAGAGACGAAUUGCAAAAACUGCUCCUGGAGCAAAUGGAGCUCCGCAAGAAACUGGAGCGAGAAUUUCAGAGUCUCAAAGAUAAUUUUCAGGAUCAAAUGAAGAGGGAAUUGGCUUAUCGAGAAGAAAUGGUGCAACAGCUGCAAAUUGUCAGAGACACUCUGUGUAACGAACUCGACCAAGAGCGGAAGGCGCGCUAUGCCAUCCAGCAGAAAUUAAAAGAAGCCCACGACGCCCUGCACCACUUCUCCUGCAAGAUGCUUACGCCCCGCCAUUGCACUGGCAACUGCUCCUUCAAGCCCCCGCUCUUGCCCUAG